GGAGUGAGCAUAGGCGCCAUGGGGCUGAGCUACGGGCUCUUCGUCUGCUUUCUGCUCUUGGGAGGCACAGAGCUGUGUUGUCCCCAGACCACCCCGGAUAAGACCCACCCCUCUUUGCCAUCAAGCCCUCCAGUGGUGGUGGAGUGUCUGGAGGCUGAGCUGGUGGUCACUGUCAGCAAAAACCUUUUUGGUACUGGGAAGCUUGUGAGGCCUGCCGACCUCACCCUGGGUCCAGAGAACUGUGAGCCCCUGCUCUCUGUGGACACGGAAGAUGUAGUCAGGUUUGAGGUCGGGCUUCACAAGUGUGGCAACAGUGUGCAGGUGACCGACGAUGCCCUGGUGUACAGCACCUUCCUGCUCCACAACCCCCGCCCUGUAGGAAACCUGUCCAUUCUGAGGACUAACCGCGCAGAAGUUCCCAUCGAGUGCCGCUACCCCAGGCAUAGCAACGUGAGCAGCCAGGCCAUCCUGCCCACCUGGGUGCCCUUCAGGACCACAAUGCUCUCAGAGGAGAAGCUGGCUUUCUCUCUGCGCCUGAUGGAGGAGGACUGGGGCUCUGAGAAGCGGUCCCCCACUUUCCAAUUGGGAGACGUAGCCCACCUCCAAGCCGAAGUCCACACUGGCAGCCACGUACCACUACGGCUGUUUGUGGACCACUGUGUGGCCACGCUGACACCAGACCGGAAUGCCUCCCCUCAUCAUACCAUCGUGGACCUCCACGGCUGCCUUGUAGAUGGUCUCUCUGAUGCCUCUUCUGCCUUCAAAGCUCCCAGACCCAAGCCAGAGACUCUCCAGUUUACAGUGGACAUGUUCCACUUUGCAAAUGAUCCCAGAAACACGAUCUACAUCACCUGUCAUCUGAAAGUCACUCCAGCUGACCGAGUCCCCGACCAGCUAAACAAAGCCUGCUCCUUUGUCAAGUCUUCUAACAGGUGGUUCCCAGUAGAAGGCCCUGCUGAGAUCUGUAACUGUUGUAACAAAGGUAGCUGUGGCCUUCCAGGCCACUCCAGGAGGCUGUCCCACCCAGAGAGACCGCGGCGCAAGUUGGCUUCCCGAAGUCGCAGUCGCAGACAUGUGACCGAAGAAGUGGAUAUCACCGUGGGGCCUCUGAUCUUCCUGGGAAAGGCUGCCGAUCGUGGUGCAGAGGGGUUGACCUCUCCUCACACACCUGUGAUGGUGGGCAUAGGCCUGGCCACCGUGCUGUCCCUGACUCUGGCUACCAUUGUCCUGGGUCUCGCCAGGAGGCAUCACACUGCUUCCCGCCCUAUGAUCUGCCCUGUGCCUGUUUCCCAAUAAAAGAAAAAAGUGAG